CAUACUCACUUCCUGUGCUGGUCUGGAGGUUAACUCUUUGUUUUUUUCCCCCGCUGGCUCAGAUGAUCAUGCUCUGCUGCAAAGACCUGAGCCUCGGAGUCACUGGGGGCAGACAAGCACCGAGCCCACCGACAACAGACAGAGAUGUGCCCCGCUGUUGAUGAGCAAAGCUGUGCUCAGGCUCACCUGGUCCUUGACGGGUCCAAAACAAGGCAGCGAUGGCAAAGAGGGAUUACCUGGUGGAGGCGGCCAAGCAGAUCCGCAUGGCGCUGGACAGCGAGGUCAAUGAGGACUACGAGGCAGCUUUCAGUUACUAUAAGAAUGGAGUGGACUUGCUUCUGAAUGGGGUUCAAUUGGACCCAAACAAGGAUCGUCGUGAGGCAGUGAAGAGGAAGACAACCCAGUAUCUGAAGAGAGCUGAAGAAAUCUUCAUCACACACCUACAGGACAACCUCGGGAAGGGAAGCUCUCAUUUAGGGGGUUACAGCAGUCUGAGAUUCCGUCCAAUCAGACACUUGAGUUCGCCGGUGGAGGACCUGGAGAUGUGUAAGGUGGUGGGAGUAACGGAUAAGGUCCUGAUUGUCCAAAGUAUGGUCAACAAGGAGACAUUUGUUGUGAAGAGUCUGGUCAAGUCGAGCUGGGAGAGCAGGGACCAGCCAACCAUCAUUCCUCAGGGGGUGCCAUACAUGGUUAAGCUGCUAAGAUAUUACGUCAGCGAGGAUGCCGUGUACCUGCAUCUUGAGCAUGUGAAAGGUGGGAGGCUCUUCUCCAAGCUGCACAAGCUGAAGAAGGAGAAGGCCAAGGAACACCCAGAAUGCUUCACUUCUGGCCAGCACAGCAUCAAGCUGAAGACCAGCUACACCUCACCCACGAUCAGCACAGACUACCAGCACAACAGCAGAGGGAGCACGGCAGUGAUUCCAGAGAAACUAAGCGACGAGAGCCCAGACACGGAUUUCCCCACGUCCUGGGACGAGACUCAGCAGCGACUGGAGAGCUGCGGGACUCAUUCCUACAUCGAGGAGACGGGCUGUUUGCAGAACACGCGCUCCGCAGCAUCGUUUUAUACCAAGCUCGAUCGGCUAACUCUGCAUUCCGGCUCGACGAGGACACAGGUCAACACGCGCAUCCACCCACCAGCUCCUAGUUUGUGUUUGCACUCCAGUGAAACUCAGGAACGGCCUGCUCUUCCUCUCUCUUGCGCCCGUGUCAGUCUAGCGCUCGAUGUCAUGUCAGAACUCCGCACAAAGACAGCUGGAAUGGGACUGACAGAGUGCAGCUCCGAGUUUGAACUGGCUUGGAAAGCUGCCGAUCCAGCACAAAACUGUGAGAAAACAAACCCCUAUGCAGUGACUGACAGGCAUUCACAUAGCACGCUAGGACAAACUGCACCUCAUACAAAUCAGACCUCAUUUAUAAAAGCAGGAUCACCGAACGGCGAAAAUAAUGCAUUGAGUUCGUCCCCUGCCAUUUUGCAUCUCCCUCUCCAUUGCCAAACCCAGAUCCGUGGCAGGGCAUCAUGGGAUACCAACGGCUGCCACCAAGGAUCUGUUUUGAGUGGUAGCUGUGCAGAUAUGGCUACAGACUCAAAGCAAGACAGCUGCAGUCCCUCCACGGAGGAAAGAAAUGGAAUGGUAGUCAUCAGGAGCACAGACAGAGCAGUAUUUUCUGACCACACAGACACAAGGACCACCUCAGAAAGCUCCUGGCCUUCCCCUGCUUCCCUCUGCCACAGCAUUAUAGGAAAACAGGGGACAUUUUCCGGGGUUCCCCUGGCCCACUCAGGGGUGAAGUACAAAGGGGAAACACAGUCAAGUGAGGCAGCAGAGGGUGUAGAGGAGGCCUGGGAACUGGGUCCUAGAGAAAAGGUGGCACCUGCAAAAGAGCGAGCAUUUGUGAGCUGGUUCUCCACUGGCCCCCCUGGAGACCCACCCCACGGGAGGAGAGAGAACAUGGAUGCUAAAUCAGAAGGAUCUGAGGGGCUGGGGGAAGACCAAAUCAUAGAGGUGGAUGGCUGGUGCCACCUGCCUCGGUUCCCUGUCAAGUCCUCCCCGACAGAUAAGGCCAUGCAGACCUGCUGGGGGCUUCCCGAGGCAGAGGUUCGUGUCUGGGGGGCUCAGAUCCUGCUGGCCCUGGAGAGUCUGCAUCAGCAAGGCAUCCUGUGUCGAGACCUCAACCCUAGAAACGUUCUGCUCACCAGCAACGGGAAGGUGUGUUUGACAUUUUUCGGCCAGUGGAGUGAGGUUCAGUCAGAGGUUUGCUCCAAAGCCAUGGACCAGAUGUACUGUGCUCCAGAAAUUGGUGGGGUCUCCAGGGUUACAGAGGCAUGUGAUUGGUGGAGUCUUGGGGCCUUGUUGUUUGAACUCCUAACAGGAAUGCCACUGUGGCAGCUCCAUCCAGCAGGAAUCCACUCCCACACCCAGCUGCUCAUCCCCGACCACCUGAGCACUGCAGCUGCGUCUCUGCUCACCGAGUUGCUUCAGUUUGACGCCGGCUAUCGCCUGGGCUCCGGAGGUGGAGGAGUGAGUGACAUCAAGUGUCAUCCCUUCUUCAGCGGCGUCUCCUGGAAAGCUCUGAGCUGCUAGCAGGUGCAGCUGCUGCACCUGUGAUCCCUCUGUCCUGCAUUGGAAGUGAACACUCACUUCAAUCCAAGCAUCCUUGUGUGGCCAAAAUGGAUGCAGCACCAGAUCCUGGUUUCCUUUGCGUUCUGUGCUUCCCAAAGAAAAAUCACAUAAUAAAAACUGAAACAUGACCAGAAUCAGUGAAUCAUGUCCUUUUCAAAACAUGAAACAAAUGAAUGACAUCAAUACUUAAACACUGUAUUAAUUAUGACU